GUUGUCCCAGGUCAUCCUCAGGGACACAGCAGGAGGUGGGCACUGAGGACACUCCGGGCAGGAUCGUUCCUGGGAGCCUCCAUGAUGUGGGAACUGCGCUCCAUCGCCUUCACUCGGGCUGUCCUGGCGGAAUUCCUGGCCACCUUGGUCUUCGUCCUCUUCGGCCUCGGCUCUGCCCUGAACUGGCCCUCGGCACCGGCCCCGAGCACCCUGCAGAUCGCGCUGGCCUUUGGCUUGGCCAUCGGGACCCUGGUGCAGUCCCUGGGCCACGUGAGCGGCGCCCACAUCAACCCUGCCGUGACCCUGGGCUGUCUGCUGGGCUCGCAGCUCUCCCUGCUCCGUGCCCUCUUCUACGUGGUGGCCCAGCUGCUGGGCGGGGUGGUGGGCGCUGCCAUCCUGCACGAGAUCACCCCGGCCAGCUCCCGCCAGGGCCUGGCCCUCAACAAGCUGCACAAUGAGACCACGACAGGGCAGGCGGUGACAGUGGAGCUGUUCCUCACCUUCCAGCUGGUCCUGUGCGUCUUUGCUUCCACAGACGAGCGGCGUGAGGACAACCUGGGCUCCCCUGCCCUCUCCAUUGGCCUCUCCGUGGCCGUGGGCCACCUUCUUGGGAUCCGUUACACCGGCUGCUCCAUGAAUCCCGCCAGGUCCUUCGCUCCCGCUGUCGUCGUCGGAGACUUCAGCGACCACUGGGUGUUCUGGGUGGGUCCCCUGAUUGGGGCUGCAGCAGCUUCAAUCCUCUACAACUACAUCCUGUUCCCACAGGCCAAAACCUUCUCAGAGCGCUUGGCCAUCCUCAAGGGCUGCGAGCCUGAGCCGGACUGGGCCGAGCGCGAGGUCCGGCGGCGCCAGUCUGUGGAGCUCCACUCCCCCCAGACCCUGCCCAGGGGGAUGUCUGAGAAGGUGUAGCCCACCCUCUCCCUGGGCCAAGAGAGGAGCUGGAAACCUCUGGCAUGGUUUUAGUGCUCAUGCAGAGGAGCAUCUCACCUCUCCCCUCUCUCCCUUCAUUUCUCCUGGGGCACUGAAGUUGACUCCUCUCCUGGGGAGAUGCUGUGCUGGUCCCACCCACCUCUUGUUCCCAGCUCUCCCCAUGCCCGGGUGGUUUCUGAUCUGGGGAAGAGCCGGUAAAUCCCAAGCCCACAGGAACAAGGGAUCUCCCCAGGAUGCCCUCUUCCACGUCCCCCUCACAGGACACGGAGCUCGGCUGAGGCUGUUCCCUCACGGAGAGCUCCGAGGAGCCUGAAGAGUGUUCAUUACCCUGGGUGUGGAGGUUGCCACCCGAUGCCUCAUUGCUCACUCUGCUCCCGUCUCCGAUCCCCGCUCAGCUCUUGGCUCACACGCAGGAGCAGGAGCAGGAGAGCUCACUCUGAGCCAUGAGCGUCACACAUGACAGGUUCUGCUGUGAAAGGGACCAAAGUGCCACUUUCCACCUGCCACAGGACACAGAGGUGCUUCCACAGGGGCUUUCAUGGGAAGAUGGGACUGGGAGCAUGGCCAUGAGUCCCUACAGGCCCCACUGGGGCGCUUGCAAAUUCCCUGUCCUGUGAAAUGACAAACCCGGGUUACAGCCCAAACUCAUACCCACCUUAUUAUGGGGCCAGCGUUGUCCUUCCUCUCCCGCUGGUUUUCCCUUCUUUCGUCUGGUCCUGUUAACCCUCGGACACUCAGAUCUCCUGGAACACACAAAGGAAAGAUUUCACACCCAACAUGUUUCAGGUGUGAAGAAUCAGAAUCAUGGAAUGGGUGGGAUGGGAAGGACCUUAAACCCCACCCAUCCCACCCCUGCCAUGGGCAGGGACACCUC